AUGGUUUACGUUGAUAUCACAGACCAGACACCAAAGCAUAUGAAUUUGGGUCGAUAUAUUGCCUCAAAUGUGGCCACUCUUAAAUUAUUCCGCGAACAAUCUACAAGUGGUGAAAAUGGAGUGUCAACAUUGAAGGCUCUCUCGUCUGUGAUGUUAUCACUACAAAGAUAUGAAUUCAAAACAAACUAUGAAGAUUGGGUUCAAUCAGUCAAGCCCAGACUAGGAUCUGAUGUCUGUGACCGUGUUCUUGCAGCAAUCAAUAGCACCCAUGAAGAUGUGAAAGCUUACUAUAAAGUCAGGGGUGAGAUGCGAACUGCAUUUCAAAGUCUGUUGAAGGAUGAUCAAAUAUUGGUGAUACCCACUAUUGCUGACCCUCCUCCAAAGCUUAAUACAAAGAAAGGUCAUUUGAGUGAGUUCAGUAAUAGAUUGCAUGUACUCUCUAGCAUCGCAAGCAUGUCUGGUUGUUGUCAGGUUGUAAUCCCAUUAGGAAAACAUGAAGGUUUUCCAAUUUCCGUUUCAUUAAUCUCAUACCAUGGAGCUGAUAAAUUUCUUCUUGAUACGGUCUUGGAUAUGUACUCAUCUCUUCAAGAGCAAGUCACAAUUGCAUCCAAUUUAGUGCAUGAGCCGGAUAGCAAUGGUAAUAUUGAUGCUUCUGAACUCUUGAAGGAAAAGGGAAAUGCUGCAUUCAAGGGAAGGCAGUGGAAUAAGGCUGUUAAUUACUAUAGUGAAGCGAUCAAACUGAAUGGGAUUAAUGCAACUUACUAUUCCAACAGGGCAGCGGCAUACUUAGAACUAGGCUGCUUUCAACAAGCCGAAGAGGAUUGCAGUACGGCGUUAUCUCUUGAUAAAAAGAAUGUGAAGGCUUAUUUGAGACGUGGAACUGCUAGAGAAUCUCUUCUUCGUUACAAAGAGGCUGCAGAAGAUUUCAAGCAUGCUCUCGUCCUUGAACCACAAAACAAGGUUGCUAACCUUGCAGAAAAAAGACUCAGAAAAUUGAUGAGUUGAUUUUGACAUGAUGAUCUAAAUAAAUGAAGACGUGAUCAACACUGCGGUAAUUUUUUUCCAAAGUUGAGCAAUUUGGGUAGAACAAAAACAAGGUAAGAGUUGAAGCUUCCUCUAGCGGCGCAGUGCAUCUCUUAUCCUCCAUCCCCAUGUUCUAAUUGUAUACUUCUCGGGGUUGACAGUCAUUCUUUCAGUUUUGGCCUCAUACGGAUCCCAUUGUCCUGUAAAGUGAAAAGAAAACCGUGAAAGAGAGAGAGAGAGAGAGAUGAAAAUGAGGCUCCUGUUAGUAAAUUUCUAGUGUUAACAAAACCAUAUGGAGCCAAGUACAUAGAUGUUAAGUUGUAUGUUUUGGAAGUUGGAGCAGAAAACUUGGUUAUUUUGAACUCUGAGAUGUAUAUACCUUCUGCUUUGAUAACACAUAUAUUUAUAUAUUACUAACAAAAUAGACAAGCAUGUUAAGAGACAA